AUGGAAGAGGAUGAUUUCUUGCAACAUAGCGGCCAUAGGAAGCGUAAGGAUAGUGAAGGAGGUUUCUCUUUAGAAGAACAAGACAGUGGAAAGUUUGAGUCUGUUGGACAACCGUCUCUAAUGGGUCCUUCGUUUAGGGAUAUGCUAGUCAAUGGAAGUCCUAAUAACAAGACUGUGAUUGCUGACACAGUUGAAGUGAAUGAUGAGGAGUCGUAUGAGCUUUCUGAUGGGGAAAAGGAUGAGGAGGAUGAAAAGUGCCCUAAUAUUAAACUUACUAAAAUUGAGAAAUCUCAUUAUUGUAAACCAUGGAAGAACUCCUUGAUUAUCAAGCUGAUUGGAAGAUCAAUAGGUAGGGAAGAUUUUGAUUUUGCACUGGAGGGUGGACCAUGGAUUAUAGCUGAUCAUUAUUUGUUAGUUCGCCAAUGGUGCCCGGAUUUUGAUCCAUUUAAUGUUUCUUUGGAAUGCUUGGCAGUUUGGAUAGGAGAUCCUAUCAGAGUGGAUAAUAACACUAGCCGAGUGACAAGAGGGCAUUUUGCGAGAUUAUGUGUUGAAGUUGAUGUUACGAAGCCUCUUUUGUCAAAAUUCAAGCUGAACCGGAGAGUUCGACGUAUUGAAUAUGAGGCGUUGCAUAUGGUUUGUUUUUCAUGUGGAAUUUUUGGGCAUAUGAAAGAUAAUUGUCCUUCGUUGAGGAAAGAGUUGCAGCCAGAGAAUGUAGAGAAUGUGCCUAAUUUGGCUCAUAGUAACCCUACUCCUAAGGUAGCUCAGUUACCCGAGAAUCAGGUGGUUAAUCCAGCUGUUUUAGAUGAUUUUUGUGAUUGGAUGCUGGUUAAGAAAGAUAGAAGACGUAAUUAG